AUGAAUUCAAGCUUUACUACUGGUCCCUCUGACGUUGAGUCUCAGUUUUCUACUUCUGAGACUAAUGUUAUGAGUACUAUAGAAGCUAGACCUUUACCUUUUGAAUCUAUGACCUACCCUAUACCUUCUUCUUCUCCAGCCUACCCUAGACCUUCUUCUACAGCUGAAGGGUCUAAUAUAGAAGAAAAAGGCUCUGGAGGCUAUAUUAUUAUAGAGGGUCUUUUUCCUAGGGUUUUAUUACCUGAAAUCCCUAAUAAUGAGAGAGAAUAUCUCGUUUCUUGCAUAAGCUGUUCUUAUAGAAAGUUAGAAAAAGCAUUGCUACUAGUAAAAAAGAAUAAUCUAUCUUUUAGGGUUCUUUCUUCUAGCUCUUUUCAAGAGCUAUUAAGCUAUUAUAAUAAGCUAAUAGGCUUUCAUAACCUAACUGAGAGCCAUACUGGGUGCUUAAAAAUAUCUUUAGGGUUAGAAGAAGAGGAACCUGAAAGCCCUGCUUUUAAUAGCCUUAUUAGCCGGAUUAGAAGGCUUAUAACUAUUCUAAAGUAUACCCAAGAGCCUAAAAUGCUAUUAAGCGAGGCUAUUGAGAAGUAUACUAAGGAGGGCUUAUUUGAGUCUGAGAAGCGGCAUAUUCCUUUAGAUAAUUCUACACGCUGGAACUCUACUUAUUUUAUGCUUAGACCUUCUAUUAAGCUUCAGGGUCAAGCUUAUACUACAAUUUCUCAGGGCUUAGAGGAUUUGCAGUUAGGCUAUAACCGAAAGCAAGAUAAGGGUUAA